UUUUCAAAAAAAAAACUAUGUAAACUUUUCCAGAAAAAAGAGAUUUAACAUUUUUCGUUAAACUUAUGAAAAAAACAAACUUUUCUUUGAACAAGUAAUUUCUUUUUUUACUUAGUAAGUUUUUUGUGAUCGAUUUUCAAUCGAUCGCCAAUGGCCUGAUGGCCCUGUGACCGCGAGUGGGGAAUCUAUUUGAGGCAUUGAAACUAUCGCGAUGCAACACGUAGUGCAAAAGGAAAUCAGUUGAUCAGUUCAGAAAUUGUGUCGUUACAAAGGUGUUGUCUUUAAAACAACACUAUAAUUAUAAAUAUCUAAACGACAUAUAUUUUACUGAUACUUAUCAAACGACGACCGAUUUUCUCGAGUAAAAUUCGAAAAUAUUUUUUUCCUUUCUUUCUUUCUUUAAUUAAAGUUUAAUUAUAAAAUAAACGAAUAGAAAAUCGGAAUAAAUUUUAAAACGAACAGCAAACCUUGAUUAUUAUUAUUAUUAUUUUUUUUUUUGGGUGCAAAAAUUUCGAGGAUGGCGUGUUGUGAUCCACUUCGCGACGAACCAAUCCUGUCCGUUGAGUUUGAAGUAUUCGGAAAGGUGCAGGGCUGUUACUUUCCAAAAUACGUCAGGGAUUUAUCUCAACAACUUGGAAUCUGUGGCUGGGUGAAAAACACAAAAAGAGGAACAAUAGUUGGAAAAAUGCAGGGAUCCGAAUCACUUGUUGAACAAAUGACACAAUGGUUAUCGACUGAAGGAAGUCCAGGAAGUCAAAUUCAUCAUUGUGAAUUCACAAACAUCGAACACGUGACAAGGGUGGGAUAUCCAAAUUUUGCGAUUCGUUUCUGAACAAGAAAAACUCACCUCGUACAAAAAAAAAAAAAAUAAUAAUAAUCUAAAAAAACAAACAAACAAAGAACGAGUAAUGAACAAUAAAAAUCUUCACCGAAAACUAUUUUAAUUUAUCUCGUUCUAAAACAUAUUUGUAAAAAAAAUUAAUUAUAAUUUAAUUAAUUUCCAUACAAUAUUUGUUUAUUCUUUUGAAUUCUCGUCACCGAUGUGCUUGUGAGAGAAAAAAAUUCUUGCUUCCAGUUUUUGAUCCCUGUAUACAUUUCAAUAUUAUAUAUUAAAUAUUGUACAUUGAAAAUAAUAAUGUUGCGUGCAAUUAUGUGCGAAUGACUGAAUGAAGAAAAAAAACAAAAUGAAAAAGAAUUGCGAAAAACCAUGUACCUCAUAAUUUUACAACAAAAGUCUUAGACAAAAAAAAAUCUAAUUUAAAUUUAAUCUAAGAUGUAAUUUUUCUACAAAAUAAACAAUUGUAACUCAA